UAAAUUAUUUGUUAUUAAUAGCAGUUGACAACACUGCUCACUAUCUGUCAUAAUUCCAAAGUACUUUUUGCUGUCAUUAGUUUUUGAUUUGCAUUAUCGGAAUAAUUUUCUUCUAUUUAUUGUAAUUUGCCCAUUUUCUAGCAAUAAGUAUAUUUUCUACAGGUUUUAUAAAUUUACUCAAUAUUUAUCCGACAAAAAAUAAAACUACUGUUUUCAUAGUGAGCGAAAUGGUGUUCUAUUUCACAAGUAACGUGGUGUCACCACCGGUGACUUUAUUUAUGGGUGCUGAUAAACAUGAAAAUGAAGAUCUGAUUAAAUGGGGAUGGCCAGAAGAUGUGUGGUUUCAUGUUGAUAAAGUAUCCUCAGCACAUGUAUAUUUGCGGUUAGCUCCUGAUCAGACUAUAGAUGACAUUCCAAAUUUAGUUUUGGAUGAUGCAUGCCAAUUGGUUAAAGCUAAUUCCAUUAUGGGCAACAAAAUGAAUGAUAUUGAUAUAGUCUAUACAAUGUGGGCAAAUCUCAAAAAAACUGCAGGAAUGGAGGCAGGCCAAGUAGCUUUUCAUAAAGACAAAGACGUAAGAAAAGUUAGGGUUGCUAAAAGGAAUAAUGAAAUUGUAAAUAGAUUAAACAAAACAAAAAAAGAAGCUUUCCCAGACUUAAGACAAGAAAGAGAGACUAGGGAUAGAUUAGAGAGAGAGGACAAGAAAAAAGUUCUAAGGGAAAAGAAGGAGAAAGAAAAGGAAGAAGAGAAACGAAAGAAAGAGGAAGCUGAACUCAGAAGCUACUCUACAUUAAUGAAAGCAGAAAAUAUGACUACUAAUUAUGAUGGCAAUGAUUCUGAUGAUUUCAUGUAACCAAAUAAAAGUGUUUAUAAUAG